CGCAGCGCGCGGGAAACGGCAGCAUGGCGCUCCCCGCGGCCGGGCUGGAGGAUGCGGAGUUGCGGGAGGCGCAGCGGGACUACCUGGAUUUCCUGGAUGAUGAGGAGGAUCAGGGUGUUUAUCAAGGCAAAGUCCGGGACAUGAUCAGCGACAACCAGUAUCGGCUGAUCGUCAGUGUCAACGACCUGCGGAGGAAGAAUGAGAAGCGAGCCAGCCGGCUCCUGAAUAACGCCUUUGAGGAGCUGCUCGCCUUCCAGCGGGCCCUGAAGGACUUUGUCGCCUCCAUCGAUGCCACCUAUGCCAAGCAGUACGAGGAGUUCUACAUUGGGCUCGAGGGCAGUUUCGGUGCCAAGCACGUGUCACCCCGGACGUUGACAUCCUGUUUCCUCAGCUGCAUUGUCUGUGUGGAGGGCAUUGUCACCAAAUGCUCCCUGGUGCGCCCCAAGGUUGUCCGCAGUGUCCAUUACUGCCCCGCCACCAAGAAGACCAUCGAGCGGCGGUACACGGACAUGACGUCGCUGGAGGCUUUCCCUUCCAGCUCCGUCUACCCCGUGAAGGAUGAAGAAAACAACCCUUUGGAGACAGAGUUUGGCCUGUCUGUCUAUAAGGACCAUCAAACCAUCACCAUCCAGGAGAUGCCUGAGAAGGCGCCGGCUGGGCAGCUGCCUCGCUCUGUGGACAUCGUUCUGGACGAUGACCUCGUGGACAAGGUGAAGCCAGGGGACCGGAUCCAAGUUGUGGGGACGUACCGCUGCCUGCCAGGGAAGAAAGGGGGCUACACCUCGGGCACAUUCAGGACCAUCCUGAUCGCCUGCCAUGUAAAGCAGAUGAGCAAGGAAGUUCGGCCUCUCUACUCUGCUACCGACGUGGCCAAGAUCAAGAGAUUUAGCAAGAGUCGCUCAAAGGACAUCUUCGACCAGCUCUCGAAGUCCCUGGCACCCAGUAUCCAUGGGCAUGAGUACAUCAAGAAGGCGAUUCUGUGCAUGCUGCUUGGCGGGGUGGAGAAAGUGCUGGAUAACGGGACUCGCAUCAGAGGAGACAUUAAUGUCCUCCUGAUAGGAGACCCGUCGGUCGCUAAAUCUCAGCUCCUGCGGUACGUGCUCUCCACAGCCCCCCGGGCCAUCGCCACGACUGGCAGGGGCUCCUGGGGGGGGGGUCUGACUGCAGCCGUCACCACAGACCAGGAGACUGGGGAGCGCCGCCUGGAAGCAGGUGCCAUGGUCCUGGCUGACCGGGGCGUGGUUUGCAUCGAUGAGUUUGACAAGAUGUCCGACAUCGACCGCACGGCCAUCCACGAAGUGAUGGAGCAGGGCCGCGUGACCAUCGCCAAAGCCGGCAUCCACGCUCGGCUCAACGCGCGCUGCAGUGUGCUGGCCGCGGCCAACCCCGUCUACGGCAGGUACGAUCAGUACAAGACUCCCAUGGAGAACAUCGGCCUUCAGGACUCCUUGCUGUCUCGAUUUGACCUGCUCUUCAUUGUCCUGGAUCAGAUGGAUCCCGAGCAGGAUCGGGAGAUCUCGGACCACGUCCUGCGCAUGCACCGGUACCGGGGCCCCAAUGAGCAGGAUGGGGAUGCCAUGCCCCUGGGCAGCGCCGUGGAGAUCCUGGCCACAGAAGACCCCGAUUUCAUCCAGGAGGAGGAGCAGGAGCUGCAGGUGUAUGAAAAACAUGAUAACCUUCUGCACGGGCCCAACCGGCGCAAAGAGAAGAUCGUCAGCAUGGAGUUCAUGCGGAAGUACAUCCACGUGGCCAAGAUCAUCAAGCCCGUUCUGACUGAAGAGUCAGCCAGCUACAUCGCAGAGGAGUACUCCCGCCUCCGCAGCCAGGACCAGAUCAACUCCGAUGUGGCCAGGACCUCCCCAGUCACGGCCCGGACGCUGGAGACGCUCAUCCGGCUCUCCACGGCCCACGCCAAGGCCCGCAUGAGCAAGACCAUUGAUCUGCAGGACGCCGAAGCAGCCGUGGAGCUGGUGCAGUUUGCCUACUUCAAGAAGGUGCUAGAGAAGGAGAAGAAGCGCAAGAAGCAGCAGGAUGAUGACACGGAGAGAGAUGAGGAGGAGGAGGUGGAGGCAGCGGAGAGAAAGAAAAAGAGGAGGAGGAAGUCAGCCUCUCAGGACCAGGAUGGCAAGGAGGGAGAUUCUUAUGACCCCUAUGACUUUAGCGAUGCAGAAGAGGAGAUGCCAGAAGUCCAGGCACAUACUCCUAAGACUCCAGAAGCCGCGGAGACUGGAGGGGCUAUAAAGCCUGAGCUGACUGAGUCAAGGCUGAAGGCAUUCAAGGCAGCCCUCCUGGAAGUGUUCAAAGCUUCUCACGCGCAGUCUGUAGGUCUGAAGGCCCUGAUGAAAUCCAUCAACCAGGACAAUCCUGAACCGUUUUCAUCUGCUGAAGUCAAGAUGGCACUGGGACGCAUGCAAGAUGACAACCAGAUCAUGUUGUCGGAUGACAUUGUCUUCUUGAUCUGAUCUUCUGGGUAGGAGAAUCCAAGUUCUCAUGAACAUCUGACUUCCAUAAUAAUCCUCAGCCUCAUUUUGAACUUUUCUGCCACUUUCUUUAACCCAAGCUCCAGCUGGAGAACACCAGCAGUUGUUCUGUACCUUCUAGUGGAGCCUGGGAAGGAUUAUAUAGUUGACUUCAAACGGCCUGGGCUAACAAGACCUCUUUUGGUGGCACUGAUUCCAAAAGAAUUAGACUAUUGUUUUUAUUUUUGUAAGCAGCUAAAAGCCUUUAUGUGCGCAUCCCUAGUCUUCUAAAUGAGUGUUUAGCGCACUUGAAAGCUUCAGCUGCUC